AUGGGAAACUGUCAGAAAUACGCUAUAAAUGAAGAAAAGCUUGUAGAAGCAGAGGCUAAGCUGUUUAGACUCACUGGGAUGGAAUUAAAUGAAUUCAAGAUAAGAAACGUAGUGAUAAAUGAUUAAUAAGACUAUGUAAGAACUAUCUAAUGUGGAAAGGAAGAUGGCGAGAAAGUAGUCUUAGUGCAUGGAUAUGGAGGCUCUGGGUUGAUUUUCUUUAAAAUCAUUAAAUAGCUAGCUGAGCAUUUUAACCUGAUUCUAAUUGACAUAAUUGGAAUGGGAGCUAGUAGUAGACCUAAAUUUGAGGCUAAAACAGCUAGUGAAGCUGAUGAUUUCUUUGUCGAUUUCUUAGAGUCUUGGAGAAAAGCCAUGGACCUAACCAACUUUUAUUUAUGUGGUCACUCAUUCGGAGGUUAUAUUUGUGGUCACUAUGCCUACAGAUAUCCAGAACAUCUUAAAAAGGUUUUAAUGUUAUCCCCUGCUGGAGUUGUCUGGGUACCUGCUGACUUUGAUAUCUCAAAGAUGAAAUUCAAGAACGGCAAGUCCCCUAGCAAGAUGGUCAAAUCUAUUGCUGAAAGUGUGUGGGAAAAGAAAUGGUCGCCAUUUGGAGUGAUGAGGAAGUCAGGAAAGUUUAUUGGUAAGAAGAUUAUUAAAAGUUACUUGAACAAGAGAAUGAAUAUGCUUACUGAUGAGGAAUAGUAGAUCAUGCUUGACUACAUGUAUUAAAUAUUUAUGAAAGACGGUUCAACUGAGUAUGCCAUCUUUAUUUGCUUUAAACUUGGAAUGUUUGCUGAAAAUCCUCUUGAAACUGAAGAUAGACUAGGCAACCCAGAUUUACCCAUACCAGUCAGCUUCUUCUACGGAGAUUAGGAUUGGAUGGAUAGAAAAGGUGGCGAUAGGACAGUUGAGAGAAAUAAAUUUGCUGAUACUCUUAGUUUUGUCUAUAUAAUCAAUAACUCUGAUCAUCAUAUGUACUUGGAUAACCCAGAUGAAUUUGCUAAAGCCAUAAUCCAUGAUAUCCAGUACACUAAUGAUAGAUAUGAAUUGGUUGGAGAACAAUAUGGCAAUCAUAUUUCUAAUAGAAUUACUAAAAGAGAUGGCUUAGAUAGAACUGGCUAAGAGGAAUCAAAGAGUAAUGAUCAAUUCGACAUAGAAAGCGAUAUGAUGGAAAACAGCUAGGAAAAGGUUCAACCUCAACAUUGA